AUGCAGCUGCUCCCCAACACGGACCCUGCGACAUGCUGGAGCUCUUCAACUCGGACCCUGCGACAUGUAGCUCACAACACGGAUGGAUCUGAGAAAUUAAGAAUGUUGACCUGUAAUCAUCCAGUUCCUCCUAAUCGGUACGACAAUAGGGUGGAGGAGUAUUUACGAGUUACUGGAUUUUAUCAUGCAUCUCAGAUAGGUGUAGUACAGUGCCAGAAAGCACUUGUGAAUGCUCUAAUUGAACGGUGGCACCCAGAUACACAUACGUUUCAUCUUUCCAUUGAUGAAUGUGCCAUAACUCUUGAAGACGUCGCUUUAAUUCUUGGUCUUCCGACGGAUGGUCUUCCAGUCACGGGGAUGACAAUGAGUAGUUUCGAAGCGUUGCAGGCUGAGUGUUUGGAACAAUUUGGAGUUGCACCGUCUAAGGAACAGUUACCACAUUAUGUUGCUGAUCGGGACGAUCUUGUUUGGGGAUAA